AGUUCUGUCUGGCUGAAUAGACAAUGUGUGACGCACAGUCAAUACAAUGGCCAUGGCAUACUGCUCCCUCAUCAGAACAGCGACGGUAUGCAACAACUUUACCUAUACUGGUAGCAUCGUCGCCUGCAGAAAACCCAUUUCCGAGCGAAGCUGACGAAGCUCGUCGACAUCCUUUAUCCAAAGUUAUUGUUUGUGGGGGGAUUGCUGGAGCAAUGGCUGACUCUUCGAUGCACGUGCUAGAUACCGUAAAGACAAGAAUGCAAAAGGAUGGAACGUCGGGGCGCACACCACAGUACAAUGGCACAAUACAAGCCAUGCGAUCAAUACACCGGUUCGAAGGGUUGCCGGGUCUCCUUGGUGGAUUCAAAGCGGCGGCCACAGGAUCUGUCUUGGCCACGCUUAUAUACUUCGCGACGUACGAGGGUUUUAAGAGAAGACUGCUAGACCUAGGUGUAAAUGACAGUGCGAGUUAUUUUCUAGCUGGAGCACUAGGUGAUGCUGCUGCGUCUGUGGUUUAUGUCCCUUCUGAGGUUGUAAAGACCCGGAUGCAACUUCAAGGACGGUACAAUAAUCCGCAUAGUGCAUCACCGCACAACUACAAAGGGGAUUGGCAUGCCUUGAGAUCGAUAUGGGAACGAGGAGGCCCAAAGGGUCUUUAUUACGGUUGGCGCGCGACAUUAGCAAGAGAUGUACCCUUUACCGCAUGCCAAUUCACAAUAUACGAGCUUGCCCGUAGCUACAUGAUAAAAGAAUUUGGAAACGGUGAUCCUUCCCACCUCACAGUAUGGCACGACAUCCCACCGGGGGCUUUAGCGGGGUCGCUGGCAGGCUUCAUCACAACACCCGUCGACGUUAUCAAAACGUACCUCCAAACACAAAGUCGUCCGCCGUCACGUAACACGUUUGUCGAUCUGUCCAAGGUGGGAACACCACCUUCCUCCGCGCCGUACUAUAGCGGGAUUGGACCUGCAUUACGUGGCAUCUACAAGACAAGAGGAAUACGGGGCUUGUUCAGCGGGGCGGUGCCCAGAAUGGUAUGGACUGGGUCGCAGUCGACGGUGAUGUUUUUAGUUUAUGAGUGGUUGUUAACUCGGGAUUGGGGAGGGCUAUUUUCAAGCUAGUGGGAGGGUUAGUUUAUGGUUUACCUUCAAAUCGUGAAUAGAUUAUACAGAUACUGAUGCACAUGAACUGAUCUGACGAAGGGU